CCGCCUUACUGCGCAUGCGCACUGUGUCCGCUGCCUGGGCAACUGGGCAUUAGUCGUGGGAGAAUUUAGAUCUCUGUGUGGUUCUGUAUGAUGGACGGAUUGACCCCUGAGUUUGACUUGUACGGGGCGAUGGAGUGGAGCGACGGUGUGGGAACCCUCCCCGGCAGCCAGCUCAAGUUUCGUGUAAAUGAAUUUGGGGUGCUGGAGGUCAUAACUGACACGGGGGAUGAGGAAGGGGUUAAGAAGGCUCAUGCUACCACCACAUGGAGUGUUCCGACAGCACAGGAAGCUUUGUCGGUUGAGGUGCACUGUGGUAGUGUGAGUGUCUGCAGUAACAGGAAGGACCCUGCUCCCCACUUCCUACCUGAUGGAGAUCACUGCACCAGCGGCCUCCACUUACAGCAGCAGGAAAACACUAAAUCUGUGAAAGAAGAAUCCAGAGUAAACGGUGUGGUCACUCGUGUCAGCAGGAAGAGACUACACCCAGCCAAGAGAGAGGAGGAAGAGGUGGACGAAGUGACGGAGGUGGUGGAGGAGGACGAUGAAGACUAUGAAGAGAAAGAAGGCCGGCGUCCGGCUCGAGGAGGUCCACGGGGUCGCAGGAAGCGCAAAGGAGACGCAGCGCUGCUCAGACAGCCGGUUUCAUACAGAGGGAGGAAGAAGUCAUGGUGCUGGGCUGGGUAUCUGGAGCAGGAGAAAGCCAUUGCUGCUCCUAGUAAACUCUUUAAAGAGCACCAGUCCUUCCCUCAGAGUAAGAAUGGGUUCAGAGUAGGUAUGAGGCUGGAAGGCAUCGACCCUCUUCAUCCCUCCAUGUACUGCGUCCUCUCCGUUGCCGAGGUAUCUGGAUACAGAAUGCGACUGCACUUUGAUAAUUACUCAGACUGCUAUGAUUUCUGGGUAAACUGCAACUCCCCUGAUAUUCACCCUGUGGGCUGGUGUGAGAAAACGGGACACAAGCUGCAUCUGCCUAAAGGAGUGAAGACUGAGGAGUUCAGCUGGUGUUCAUAUCUAAAGACAAAUAAACUGCAAGCGGCGCCAAAAUCUCUGUUCCACAACCAGCACACUACAGUCACACCAUUAGGUUUCAGAGUGGGGAUGAAGCUAGAGGCGGUGGAUAAGAAGAACCCGUCGCUCGUCUGCGUCUCCAGCAUCAGGGACAUGGUGGACAGUCGUCUGCUCAUUCACUUCGACGGCUGGGAUGAGAGCUAUGAUUAUUGGUGUGAUGUGACGAGUCCUUAUAUCCAUCCAGUGGGCUGGUGCCAGGAGAAUGGCAGAACCUUGGCCACGCCUCCAGGCUCCUGUGACGCUGAGAACUUCUCCUGGGAGAGGUAUCUGGAGGAGACGAGCUCAUUAGCCGCGCCUGCCAGGUCCUUCAAAGCGAAACCUCACCACAGUUUCCAGGUGAACAUGAAGCUGGAGGCGGUGGACAUGAGGAACCCUGUGAUGGUGAGAGUGGCUACAGUGGUGGAUCGAGACGAGCACAGAGUGAAGAUCCAUUUUGACGGCUGGACGGAUGAGUACGAUUACUGGCUGGACGCGGACAGCCCGGACAUCCAUCCUGCAGGGUGGUGCACCAAAACCGGACAUGCCCUACAGCUGCCAAUUAGUCUGGAGGAUACGAGUGAAUCGGAGCAAAGUGGAUGUCCCACACCUGGCUGCAGUGGAGUCGGACACAUCAAAGGAGCUCGCUACUCUGGACAUCACAGUGCCAUGGGCUGUCCCUACUCUGACAUCAACAUGAAGAAGGAUUCAGUGCUUCCUGACCGACUGAGCGGCGAGAUCCCAGGUUCUGGAGUGGGCCGACUACGCCGAGUGGAACCGAACCUUGAGCCUCCUGUACAUGGUUCUGAGACUGAUGGAUACAGAUGCCAUGCCUCCUUAACUAAGACUGACAGAUAUAGAUGCCACACCUACUUUAGUAAACCUGCCUGUCACCUGGACAAGGCCAACACGGCAACCAUUGCCAUGGCAACGCCGCAUCAGAAGCCGGUCGGUACGGAGUCCAAACGAAGGGUCGGGCGGCCGUGCAAGGUGAAAAAAGUGGAGGAACCGACACAGGAAGAGGAAGUGGAAAGCAAGGAGUCGCCUGUCAUAGAGUCAAAAGAGCUGACUCUGCAGCAAGCCCUGCAUCAGUCUAUAUUUAUGCCGUGCUCCGUCCCGUCUCCCAGCAUGCCUCACUGCUGGGACCAACACAGUAAACUCCUUCCAUCAGUGGUGGGCAUCACGGCCAGCAAAGUGUCCACCUGGAGUGUGGAGCAGGUGAUGGAGUUCAUCCAGGGCCUCCAGGGAUGUAAGGAGCAAGUGCACACUUUCAGGGAGGAGCAAAUCGAUGGCGAGGCAUUCCUGCUGCUCACUCAGACGGACCUGGUGAAGAUCCUGAGCAUAAAGCUCGGCCCGGCUCUCAAGAUCUUCAACUCCAUCCUGAUGUUCAAGACUACGGAGAAGUCCUCCUGCAACGAGCUCUGACCUCAGGUCACUCACCAGGUUACGAUCUUUUACACGACAAAAACAUGAGAGCUCUGCGUCGGAGCGUGCCGUCAUGACAACCUGGAGAAUUUCACUUGACUUUAUACAUGGCUCUGAAAAAGACCAUAGCAGAAGCACAAACCUGAGGAUGAUAGUGAUUGUGAUUGUUUUGAUGAAGCACUACAAAUCACACCAACUUUUUACCCCUGAUGUUGGUGAUAUUUAAUGCAAGCCACAUGCACUGGACAAAAAAUAAUAAUAAUUUUUAUUUAUUUAUUUAUUUUUUAAAACUCAAAUAGACCUAAUUAUCUCUCACACACUUUACAGAUCAGUUCCAGAUUCCUUUCUGGUUUGGAACUGAUCAAAUUCUCCAGAUGUAAAAGAUGGUAGUUUUCAGUAAGGAUUUACUUCACCACAUCAUUCUAACGUUCUUUUUACUAAACCUUUAACGAGGCAGAAGAGCAGGAAGCCUUUAUUAUCACCACACAAUGGUUUCUUUGCGUAUCCCAGCUGAGGAAGUUGGGGUCAGAGCGCAGGGGUAGCUAAGGGGAGAGGUGAUACAGUGCCCCCUGGAGCAGGGAGAGUUGAGGACCUUGCCUAACACAGGAGACUGGUGGUGUUGAGGCUUGAACCCAGAUCCUCCGAUCAACAACCCACCUGAUCCACCACUGCCCCUAGAAGGUUGUGGAGAACAAAGUAGAAAAAUCUCUUCUCUUAAAAUAACCCUGAGUGUUGUCUGAAAGUCUGAACCUUCAGCAAACAUGCUAGCCGGAUAAUUAGCUUAGAAAGGAACGGAAAGAUGAAGAGCUAACACCUCAGACCUGGAGUUUUGCACUAGCGCCGCUUAUCUGCUUCAUGCUAACAUUAGUAACAUUAGCGCACACUUUAGCACGUGAUUUUCUGCACUUUCCGUAAAAUAGCUACACGUGACGCUUUUAUGGGACGAUUCCUACGUCAGAUCUUAAGCCACACCUCCUAGCUAAAUGAGCUAGCUUUAUUUAUGACGUCCUCGGUUGAGGAGUUUAUGAUGAUCAUCAAGCUUACCUUUUGUUUUAUUGAUUAAACAAUGACACUUUGUACAUUUUAUCCAUUUACAGUUACACUUGAACCUGAGCAGUCAUGAACACCUUCACUCACCAGCCUCACUUUUCUCUUUUUGUUAUUAAGAAAUAAAAAAAAACUCUGU